ACCUCAGAGACGGGAGACGAUCCCGAGAAGAUGGCGGUACUUGUGACUUUGUCAAUCCUUCUUUUGUUUCCUGUGAUUCUGGAUUCCAAGCUCACCUAUAUAGCUAUACGUCUCCCUUUACAGGGGAACAGAGCAGCUCCCGGAGCUCCUUGGCCUUUACCAAAAACAUGGAGGAACAGCACUGAGAGAUUCAUAUUCGAUUCGACUAAAUUUCAGUUUAUUUCAUCCAUGAAGUCUUGUGACAUCUUUUCAUCCGCCUUUGAACGAUAUCACAAAAUAUUAAAAUUGGAGAAAAAUUCCAUUGUAUCAGGACCUGAAGAGAUUGUGACGUCAUUGAAUAUUGUUGUUAAGGAACCGUCCUGUCCAGGAUACCCCGGUCCAAACAUGGACGAAUCGUAUAAUUUAACAAUCUCUGCAAAUCCUCAACUGACGUCUGUAACAGCAUGGGGUGCUCUCAGAGGCUUAGAAACAUUCAGUCAGCUUAUAUACAAAGAGGUGGAAACAAACAGGCUCUACAUCAACAAGACAACUAUAACUGACGAGCCUCGUUUUAAUCAUCGUGGUAUCAUGCUGGACACUGCAAGACACUAUCUUCCCAUGUCCAUUCUAUUAAAAAAUCUGGACGCGAUGGCUUAUAACAAGUUUAAUGUGUUUCACUGGCAUAUUGUGGAUGAUCAGUCGUUUCCAUAUGAAAGUGUUUUAUUCCCAAGCUUAUCAGAAAAGGGGGCGUACGAUUUAAAGCUGAUUUAUACUCAAGAAGACAUUAAACACGUCAUUGAGCAUGCGCGACUACGGGGAAUCAGGGUCAUACCGGAGUUUGACACUCCUGGGCAUACGCAGUCAUGGGGAAAAGCGUUCAGAUAUCUCUUGACGCCGUGUUGGGUUGAUGGAAAAGAAGGUGUUGCUAAACCAAACUUCCACGGGGCAUACGAAAUCUUCGAUCCAUCAAGAGACUCGACAUUUCAAUUCCUUAAGAAGUUUAUUGGUGAAAUUGUCCGGGUUUUUCCAGACCAAUACCUGCAUCUUGGAAUGGACGAGUCUUAUCCUGCUUGUUGGAAGUCGAGCCCAAACAUCACUGCCUUCAUGCAAGAGAAUAACAUUACGUCAUAUGUAGAGCUGAUGCAGUAUUAUGUGACAAAAGUGUUGGAUAUUGUACAGAAUACUAACAAAAGUUACGUCAUCUGGCAGGAUCCCAUCGAGGAGGGAACCCAGGCUAAACCUGACACGGUAGUGGAGGUAUGGAGAGGAAAUACAACGGUUCCCUUUCAGAGCUACAUGAGUACGAUCUCCAGUAAGGGCUAUAAAACCAUCCUGUCCUCCUGUUGGUACCUUAACUACAUCAGCUACGGGCAGGAUUGGAAAAAAUACUACGAGUGCGAACCGUACAACUUCACAGGAACCGCGGAGCAGUACAGCAAUGUGAUUGGUGGAGAAGCUUGUGUGUGGGCGGAGUAUGUUGAUGGUACCAAUCUUCUCUCCAGACUCUGGCCAAGAGCGUCCGCAGUAGCGGAACGACUUUGGAGCCCACGUGACGCCACCGAUGUAGAGAGUGCAAAGUUCAGACUAGACCAACAACGAUGUAGGAUGCUGAGGUAG